AUGAUGGAACAGCAGCUUAGAAGUCGCAGCUUCCAGCCCGUUGCUGUGGUUGACUUUUGCCUGGCAGCAGGCUUGAUGCAGCACCAAGUGGCCAUCGUCACCGGCGGGGGUACGGGCAUCGGAAAGGCCAUCGCGACCGAGCUCCUGCAUCUAGGGUGUAAUGUGGUCAUUGCAUCCCGUGAGUCUGAUAGAUUAAAAUCUGCCGCAGAUGAACUGAAGGCCAGUCUGCCUCCUACCAGCCAGGCUCAAGUCACUCCCAUAAAAUGCAACAUCUGUAAUGACGAGGAGGCGAAUAAUUUGGUCAAAGCCACCUUAGACUUUUAUGGUCAGAUCAGUUUCUUGGUAAACAAUGGAGGAGGCCAGUUCUUCUCUCCUUCUGAACACAUCAGUUCAAAGGGGUGGAAUGCUGUGAUUGAAACCAAACUGAUGGGUGCCUUCUACAUGUGCAAAGCAGGCAAGCAUAGUGGAGCUGCCAGAGAAGGUGUUUACAACCUCACCAAAUCCUUAGCGGUGGAAUGGGCCAGCAGUGGAAUAAGGAUCAAUUGUGUUGCCCCUGGAAUCAUUUAUUCCCAGACUACUUUUAACAACCAUGGUCAUUUGGCAAUAGACUUAUUUGAAGGGUACUUUCAGAAAAUCCCAGCUAAAAGACUUGGAGGUCUUGAGGAGGUCUCCACCUUGGUGUGCUUCCUGCUAUCUCCUGCAGCUUCCUUUAUCACCGGACACUUGGUGGAUGUGGAUGGGGGCCAAUCUCUGUACACACACUCAUUUGAGAUACCAGAUCAUGACAGCUGGCCCAAGGGAGUAGGGGACCUUUCUUCUGUCAAAAGGAUUAAACAGUCUUCUAAGCAAAGAGGCAAGCUCUAGGCUAAGGAAACAUGGAAGUGUCCUUUGUCCCCAAAUGCCUUAACAUCUCAACCAUGCACUUCUAUACUUUACAGGAACAUAUAAUCUGUAUGGAAAACUUACAUUCUGAUUUUUUAAUGUUAUCAAUUACAUCUAUGCAAAAACUAUUCCCGAAAUAAAUGCAUUUUUAAGUCCCAACCAAUGCCCUUUAGCUUGUGAUCAAAAAAAUUUUAGGAAUGGAAGUUAACAUACUUUAUGAUUAUACUUUUUAUUUCUAAGAAUGGUAUUUGAAAAGUGAAAUAUUUCAAGUUAAUGAUAGGGGUAUCAUGACCUCCCAAAAGGAUAUAAUAUUUAAUUGUAAAGGUAGGCAGUAAAUCUACAUUGUGGCAUCAUUAUGAUUUUUACCACAGAAAUAUACAAAGAAUCAUUUUUGGUGGCAGAUAUAAUACUUUUGGAUCAGUAAAGCUUUAUGUAAUUAUUGCUGUGUGGUUUGUUCAUGAAGCCAAAUUUGUGUAAACCCUCUUAAUUAAAAAGAAAAAUAAAGUCAUAAGUAGUAUUUUUUGCAGUGCUUGAUAUGUGUCUUGAUUUCUUAGCCAAGGAUUCCUCUUUCUCCAUGUUUCUCCUUUUGUACGCAAAAAAAUUUUUUAUUUAGAAUUUAUGCAGUUGUAUUAGGGUUCUGUUUUCUUCCUUCAAUUUAUCCUUUCUGGCAAUCAGUCCCGAUUUAUGAAGUGCCAUCUACAAAUUAUGUAUGUUCAUUUCUUCUCUUAAUCAAUUAAACCUCUUUAAAGUGACUUAUUCCCUCUUGAAGUGAAGUAGUUUCUUCAUCAGUAACAGUCAGUUCAAAGUAUAUGAUUGACCAAGCUCUGGGGUGCGGGGCCCAGAAUCUGUAAUUUUUGCAGCAUCCCAAGCAGGUCUGGGACCAGGAUGAGGCCAAUGAGCUGCCUUGGGCCCCAUGUAAGGAGGUGCUCACUCUCAGAAGUGAACAAGUGCAAGGCCACCCUUGAGAGUGAGCCAAUGUUCACUUAAACGCUGUCCUCAUUCUGUGAAUGUGGAAGGAUCAGAAAUCUGCCUUUCCUCCUAGACUACAUUUUAACAGUAGCCUUCUGGAGAUGAUAACAUCACAGCUUCUAAGAAUUACAAGCCACUUUAGAGGGCAGGGUGGCCCCGGCCCAGGUUGGUGCGGAAGACGGAAGAAGCAGGGCUUGCUUUUCAAAUUGCUUCGUGUUGGUGACUGCUGACAACCCCUUAUAUCUCCAUAGGUUGACAUUUGCUUAUUUCUGUUUAAGACAUGGAGGCUGCCCUACGUAGCACUAAACUCAGCUCCAACUCCUUAUUAGAUCUUCUUGUUCGACUGUCACUGUACAGCUGAUCAUUAUCUGUGCUCUAGAAAUAUAAGUCUGCUCUCCAGGAUUUCUGUGUGUGUCAUAAUAGUGUCUUGUCAAUAAUGUUCUUCUGCUACUACACUUGGUAAAUUUUGCUGUAGAUUGGAUGUUCCUGAAUAGCCUUACUCAUUCAUUCAGCUAAUAAUUUGGAGCCCCUACUAUGUGCUCAGCAUUAUGGUAGGAGUUGGGUGUUCAGUAGUGAAAAAAAAUACACACAGAAAUUUAAAAUUCCCAAAUAAUCUUUUUUUGUUUUAUUUAUUUAUUUUUA